CUGGCUUGAGACGAGUCGCGCACAAGUCGUGGACACGGAAAAGGCUUGGCGAAAUGACGGACGGACAUGGUGCGGGCAAUAUCACCGUGGCCAGAAUUGCUGGCUGGCCUGGCAGUCUAGAAAAGGAGGGCGUUCGGCGAGCUCCAGCGAUGGCGAGGUAUAUAGUAGACGUUGCUAGAUUCUGGCUGGGGAACUGUAAAUACUGCCCAUAUUUUCUACUACUUGCACACCAUCAAUGGACGGUGUAUUUUCCGUCUCCAUCCUGGGCGCAGGCCCGGCAGGGUUCGCUCUGGCCGCAGACCUCGAGAGGCAUGGCACGCGGACACUGGUCUACUCACACCCGUCGCACCUCCAGCACGCCCUGUCGGUCCAGCAAAUAGGGCAUCUCAAGGUCGAGGGCGUCGUCGAAGGUAUCAUCAAUCUCAGGAUCACAACCAACAUCGCCGAGGCCGUCGCCUUCUCCCGCAUCAUCGUCCUAGCCGUCCCGUCGAGCGGACAGGAGACGCUGCUCCAGCUGCUCCGACCGCACAGCCUGCGCCGCCACACGCUCGUCGCAGUGCCCGGCAACCUCUUCUCGAUCGUCAAGGAUUCCGGCAUCGAAACGGGCAACGUGCUCGAGACCAACCUGUCGCCGUACGCGUGCCGCAUGGAGGGCGGGGUGCUGCAGCUGUACGGCAAGAAGCGGUGCGUCUUCAUCUCGGCGCUGCGCAACGACGCCGUCCGGGCGGCCGAGAUGCAGGCCGUGUUCCCCGGCGUGCGGCUGCGGUGGUGCAGCAGCGUGGUCGAGGUGUGCCUGUCCAACAUCAACGGCGUCUUCCACCCGCUCAUGGUGCUGAUGAACGCCGGCCGCAUCGAGGACACGGCCGGCGACUUUCUCCUGUACCGCGACGGCCUGACGCGGUCCGUGGCCAACGCCAUGGAGGCGCUGGACCGCGCCCGCAUCCGCAUAGGCACCGCGCUGGGCCUCCGCCUGCGCAGCGCGGCCGAGGUGUCCAACGAGUGCUACGGCCAGCACUUUGCCGACCUGGUCGACCUGGCCCGCAACUCGCCGCCGCACAACAGGCUGCGCGCCCCGGCCGGCAUCCUGAGCCGCAAUGUCUCCGAGGACGUGCAGGACCUGCUGGUCGCCUGGCACGGCCUGGCCGAGAAGCUGGGCGUCGACGCCUCGCCCAUCUCGGCCGUCAUCGUGCUCGUCGAGAUGGCCACGGGCGCGAGCUAUGCCGAGACGGGGAGGAAUCUGGCCAAGCUGAAGCUCGACGGUGUGUCCAAGGAGGAGUUGGUUGCGCGUUUUGGGCCAGCUAUCCCGCAGCGGCAUGAGCGCCAGCAACUGCGGAUUCGACUUUGAUACAGGGGCGCGCGGGGAAAUUUGUAACUAGAGCUCUAUUUGGUUUACACGUAGCGCCCGUAGCUUUGCGCCGUAGAUGCCGACAAUGCAUGGUAUUGGGGCGGUUGCCAACGUCAGAAGCCCAAGGAGAGCGUUCCCCCAUCCCCAGCCAAGCGAGCGAUACAAGCCCAAACCGCUCAG